AUGAGAAAUGGAAAAUGUGGUAGAUGCGAUGGUAUUAACGCAGGAGUCCUGGAAUAUCUUCCUCCAUCUGGGAUUCGUGAGAUGACAAAGAUCAUCCUUUCAAUAUGGAUAGACGAAAGGAUACCGGACUCGUGGAGACACGCUAUCAUAAUUCCCCUACACAAGAAGGUGUCCAUCGCGAACUCUCUGAAUUACCGAGGGAUCUCUUUGCUUCUGUACAAGGUAUUGGAGCGGAUUAUCUUGGACCGACUCAUUAAACAUCGCGAAGAAACAACGCGCGACGAGCAAGCUGACUUUCGUUCUGGCCGAUCUACGAUAGACCAGGUGUUCAUCGUCAGGAGAGUGAUCGGAAUCUUACAGCGGUAUUCGAAGCAAAUGCAAUUAAUGUUUCUGGAAUUUGAGGCCGCGUUCGACUUUCCUCAUCGAUGCCGUCUUCUCAAGGUGCCCCGCGCCGAUGGAGUACCAAGAUAG